AUGCUGGAGAAGGCGUGGGUUAAUUUGUCCAGACUUGAUCCUGCUUAUGAAAAGGGUGCAUGGGACUUUGUCCGAGCUGUUUCUGCUGUUAGAGGAGAUAGUCAGUUGAUCAUUUGCCCUUGUAAAGACUGUCGCAAUGUUGAUCGUCAUUCAGGCAUUAAUGUAGUUGAUCAUCUUGUGAGACGUGGAAUGGAUGAGGAUUACAAGCGGCGUAAGGACUGGUAUCAUCACGGAGAAUUGAGCUCAGUGGAGGCUGAAGUAGGGAUGAAAGGAAAUCAGUUAAACGAAGAGAUUGUUGGGUUAUACAGAGCUGCUGAGACUAAGUAUGGCUGUUCUGAUUUCUGUGAGAUGGAAGAGGUAGAAGACAAGAAAGAAGAUGAGUUCUUGGCAAAGAUAGUAGAUGCGGAAACACCAUUAUAUCCAAACUGUGCAAACCAUAGCAAGUUCUCUGCCAUCGUGUCAUUGUUUAGAUUGAAGACUCAGAAUGGCUGGUCUGAUAAGAGCUUCAAUGAUCUACUUGAGACAUUGCCGAAGAUGUUACCUGAGGAGAACGUGCUUCAUUCAUCAAUGUACGAUGUGAAGAAAUUCUUGAAGACUUUCGGUAUCGGUUAUGAAAAGAUUCAUGUCUGUGUCAACGAUUGCUGUCUAUUCAGAAGAAAGUUGAAGAAGCUUGAUAAUUGUCCCAAAUGCAAGGCUUCAAGGUGGAAGAUAAACAUGCAGACUGGUGAGGUCAAGAAAGGGGUCGCGCAAAAAGUAUUAAGAUACUUUCCAAUCAUUACGAGGCUGCAGAGGAUGUUUAGGUCUGAGGAAAUGGCGAAAAACUUAAGGUGGCAUGCUAGUAACCGUAGCACCGAUGGGAAACUCAGACAUCCUGUAGAUUCAGUGACAUGGAAACAAAUGGAUGACAAACAUCCUUUAUUUGCUGCUGAGGAGAGGAAUAUUCGACUGGGAUUAUCUACUGAUGGAUUUAAUCCUUUCAGCAUGCAGAACAGUAAGUACAGUUGUUGGCCUGUGUUGUUAGUAAACUACAACCUGCCUCCAAAUCUGUGUAUGAAGAAGGAGAAUAUCAUGCUCACCUUGCUCAUUCCUGGUCCACAGCAGCCUGGUAACAGCAUUGAUGUCUACUUAGAGCCUCUAAUAGAGGAUCUAAACAAGUUGUGGAGCCUUGGAGAGUCGACAUAUGAUGUGGUGAGUAAAUCUGUUUUUACUCUCAAGGCAAUGCUUUUGUGGAUGAUUAGUGAUUUCCCAGCCUAUGGAAAUCUAGUUGGUUGCAAAGUGAAGGGGAAAAUGGGCUGCCCUGUAUGCGGGAAGGACACAGAUAGUAUGUGGAUGAAGUUCUGUAGGAAACAUGUUUACAUGUCCCAUAGAAAAGGUCUCCCACCAACGCAUAGGUAUCGGAUAAAGAAGACUUGGUUUGAUGGAAAAGCUGAACAUGGAAAAAAGUCUAGGAUACUGUCGGGUCAUGACAUAUCCAAUAAUCUGAAAAACUAUGUCAACAAUUUUGGGAAUGGAAAAAAAUCUGGGAUGAAGAGGAAAAGGACCGCCAUUGUCGAUGAAGAAAAAACUGUGGAAGAUGUUUCCAGUGAAUCAGAGGCAGAGGAAGAAGAUGAAGUUAAUGUUGAGGAGUUAUCUAGAUGGAAGAAAAGAUCAAUAUUCUUUGAACUGCCAUAUUGGGAGGACAUGCCCGUAAGGCAUAACCUGGACGUCAUGCAUAUAGAGCGAAAUGUGGGAAAUAGCAUUGUCUCCACAUUACUGCACUGUGGGAAAUCAAAAGAUGGACUCAAUACUCGUAAAGAUCUGGAACAUCUUGGAAUAAGGAAGGAUCUUCACCCCAACAUCAAAGGAAAAAGAACGUACCUGCCAGCAGCACCUUGGUCGUUGUCAAAGUCUGAAAAGAAAGUCUUCUGUAAGCGUCUUUUUGAUUUCAAAGGACCUGAUGGAUAUUGCUCAAAUAUAUCAAGGGGCGUUUCAUUAGAAGAUUGCAAGGUAUCAGGACUCAAAUCACACGACUAUCAUGUUCUGAUGCAGCAAUUACUCCCGGUUGCCAUCAGAGGGUUAUUACCAAGAGGCCCUACAUUAGCAAUACUACGCAUGUGUGCAUUCUUCAACCGCCUAUGUCAGCGUGUAAUUGAUGUUGAGCAGAUUUCAGUAAUGGAAGCUGAAAUUGUAGAAACUCUCUGCAUGUUUGAGCGAUUCUUUCCUCCAAGUUUCUUUGACAUAAUGGUUCAUCUGACAGUUCAUCUAGGAAGGGAAGCAAGACUUUGUGGUCCAGUCCAUUUCAGGUGGAUGUAUCCAUUCGAGAGGUACAUGAAAAUACUGAAAGAAUAUGUUAGAAACACCGCGAGGCCAGAAGGAUGUAUUGCUGAGUCAUACCUAGCAGAAGAGUGCAUGCGGUUUGUACGGUUUCACACACACUCUGUUCAUAGGAAAAGCCAGAAUAGUGGGGUAUUUUAUGAGGCAACUGCGAUGUGUAGAGCUAGUGCGAAAGAUACAUCACAAGUUGCGGAUCUGGUGACAUACUAUGGAAGAGUAACAGAAAUAAUCUUACUCGACUACAAUGUGUUUUAUGUCCCUCUUUUUCGGUGCCAAUGGGCAGUAAGAGGUAAUGGAGUCAGGGAAGAAGAUGGGUACACACUUGUUAACUUGAAUCAAUCUCAAGUUUCAUUCAGUAGGGAUCCAUACAUCUUAGCUUCUCAGGCCAAACAAGUCUUUUAUUGUAGAGAAGAUGAUACCUCAAGUUGGUAUGUUGUUUUAAGGGGUCCAUCAAGAAGAUACAGCGACCAAGAAGAAGAAGUUACUGCAGAUAUUGGACCUUUGCCAUCAACUGUUGAUAUGGAAGUUGAAAUAGAUGAAGCCCAUAAUGCCCGAGCUGAUUGUGAAGGCAUAUAUGUGUGA